AUGCGCAAUUCCCCAGCUGGCAUACCGCCAGCCUGCCAUGCAGCACAAGCCACGCCUUUGGAGGCCAACUCACGAACACGGACCCACCUUGUCUGUCUUGAUGGCGACACGCAUGUCGAGUCGCUCCUCAGCCGUGUGACCACUUAUUUUUCGGUCAUACCCUGCAGCAUCGGGAGACGAUGGCCUCACAUGCUAUGCAUUGCAUCUUGUGACCUCCUGAGUACCAUAGUCGACAUGACAUAG